ACAGCAUAGGCUGCCGUCGGACUCUGGUCAACAAACAUCUCAUAAAGAAUAGUGAGGCAGAGGUUUGUGAUGUGAUCUGGAGAGCAAACAAACGUGUGAAUGGAAAAGACGCAUGUGUGGCUCACUUGACUAAUGUUUUUUUGUCUGUGCGUGUGUGUGUGUGUAAUAUCAGAUUUUGUGUGUUGUGAGAGACUGUGUUUCAGCACCAGCCUCUGUUUAUACCAACACUCAGAGCUCUUUAUUGUGCUGCAUCGCAGAGGUCUUGUCUGACAGGUUUUCCUACACACCCACUCAUAAACACAUGCAUGCUUCUACACAAACGUGGGUGUGGCUUGGACUUUUUUAUAAUACUUUUCUAGUCAGACUGCUGUUUUGUUCCAGGAAUGAGCCGGUGACGAGUGUCUUUGCUGCUAAGGGUGUGUGUUUGCUCAGCUCACCCCAGCUGUGUCCAUCAUCCGUCCCAGCAGCAGCAGUAGGCUUUUUCACACACACACACACACACACAACACACUCAGGAUGGCGGGGGAGUGUGUUGCAGAGGGUCCGGACCUGAAGGAGAUGGGCGAGGAGGAACUAUGGGACUUGAUUAAUGACAACCGCCAUCGGAUCUGCCUGGGGGUGCGACCAUGCACCUUGAUCCCGUACCUGAGGCAGGCCAGGGUGCUCACCGAGAUGGAUGAGGACGAGAUCCUCUCCUGCCACAACCUCACCAACCGCAGCAUGAGAACCAGUUACAUGCUGGAUCUGCUGAGGACCCAGGGGAGAAAUGGUGCUGUGGCUUUGCUGGAAAGCCUGAUGAUCCACUACCCGACUCUGUACACGCAGGUCACUGGACGCAAGCCCAGCACUGAGCCUUCUAAAUUCAGCGGCCUGAUAAAGUAUUCAGAGUUGACGGAGUAUCUGGUCAGAGCAGUAACCGGGAUGCAGAAAGAGCUCCAGGAGGCACGUUGCGAGGCUGGCAGAAUGAAAGCACGCUGCACCACCCUGGAGUCAGAAAUCAGGCAGUUAAUGGAGCAGGAGGAGAAGUCCAGAUGUCUUCACUCUGAAAAUGAACACAUACGACGACACUUGUGUUCUCUGCAACGUGAAGUCACCAAGCUGAAGGAUGAGAAGUGUGACUUGUAUAUGCGCUACACAGCGGCCAUUGAGGAGAAAUCAGCUGUGAACAUGCGCCUCCAUGACCUCAACCUGCAGGUGUACCAGCUGCAAACUGAGCUGCAGAAAGCCUCGACGGAGAACGAGUACCAGAAGCGCCAGUCGAUCAGGUGUGCCUCAACUCCUGCCACACCGCAACUGCAAGACGAAGUCAGAAGUCUGCGCUGCCAGCUGGCAAAGGCAGAAAAGCUGAACCCAGCUUGUCAGGACAUUCUGGCCCAGGACCUGGCUGAGGCCAUAGGUAGCCAGGUGGAGCUUGCGGAACAGCUCAGGUGUUACAGAGGGGAAAAUGAGCAGCUGGUCAGAGAGAAACAAGAGCUCCUGGAUCAGAAGGAGUGCCUGAGCCUUCAGGUGAAGCAGCUGACCCUGGACUGUAAUCUGCACCAGCAGAAGAGCACCUUGAUCCAGAUCCAGAUGAGGGAGGUCCAGACAGAGAGAGACCUAGCGUACCUGUCCAGGGACGAAGCUCAGGCCAUGAUUGCUCGCAUCCUGGCUGAGAAGGACACCCUGAGGUCACAGCUGGUGGAGAUCCAGGAGAGGGUCUUCAACCUGCAAGGCAAACACAGCCCCAGAGAAGAACGACAGAGCUCUGAUGAGAGGGAGGACGGCUGGGAGAGCCGGAGGUCCAGCUGUGAAGAAUCCUCAUUCCCAAAUAGACGUAGACUGUGCCGCAUGGAUGCAAUCAAUCCCAUGACAUCUUGCAAUUCUGAGUAUGAAGAUACAGCAGCAAAUAGUAUCCGAUCCCGGAACGCAGAGCCCCCCAGUCCAGAGUCUAUCCGCAGAAGGGAGAAAGUUCUGUAUGCAGACAGCAGCCUGGAAACAGCAGAGACUGAUUCCAUACUGGAAGACUUUGUGUUCCUCCCCAGCGUGGGAAGUGAAGACAAACAGACACCAAGGCUUUCCUCUUCUAAAUGCACCAGCGCUGACAGAACUUCGGCCCCGCCCUUCCUAAUGCGUUCUCGCCCAAAAGCCAUUCGGGUCAACGGCCGCGUCCUCACCAUCUCCUUCCAGGGGGAGGCGCUCCUCAGCCAGCUAACAGUGCUGGGAGGCAAUAAGACCGGAGUGUUUGUGCACCAGGUGACAGAGGGGAGUGCUGCCAACACUGUUGGCAUCAGCCCUGGGGCACAAAUAGUGGAGGUGAAGUACCAGCAGAACAAGAAGGCUCUGAGGAUGGUGCUGGAGGAUUCCACUUUAGAGGAAGCUGUAUGGGCUCUCAGCCAGAUCACAGGACUCUGCCACCUCUCCCUCCGGCCCAAGCAAGAUGACUAUAAGCUGCUGCUGCAGCUGCUGCAGAACAAUGACACAUCAUCAGGAGACUCCUUCUACGUGCGCGUCAACAUGACCCUCCCUGCUGGCCCUAGCGGAACCCUGACUGUUUCCUGCAAUGACAUCCUGCAUGUGACCAACACACGACCUGCGGGAAUUGAGGACUCAUGGCACGCCAGCCAAGUGCACCCCUGUCAGCUUCUGGACCUCCAGAGUGGAACCGUACCCAACUAUUACAGGGCACAGGGACUUCUGAUUCGAGCAAUUGAAGAAAUGAGUUUUCAAAUAAAGAAAUCCAAAAAGGCUGGCCGUGUGGUGGCUCAGAAUCAACAGAAAGCAGUGAGGAUUGUCAGCACGGGGCGCCUUGGCAGGAACCGGCUGUGGGUCAGCGUGGAGGAUGAACAGACCAAGAGCCCUGAUUCAGGUGACGCAUCAGCACCCAGAAGCUGUGUAACCCUCAUGCCCUACUCUCUGGUCACCCCCCACUACCCACCCGUCUGUAGGCCCGUGCUGCUACUGCCCACCGUUCUGGGACGCAUGUUGGAUAAGAAGCUGGGAGGCUGGCAGGGCUUUCAGCUCUGUGAGCCUGAGGCUCUGAGCUCCAGUGAUCACGCCGCCCGACUGCAGAGGUCCGAGAUUCUGGAGGAGUGUGAUCAGGGAAGAAACUGCUACACCCUGCAGAGCGUCGAGAAAAUUGUGGCGAAGGGAAUUCAUUGUGUUCUGCCGCUGGGACUUGACUGCGUGCGUCGUCUGCACAGGGCAGACAUCUUCCCUAUCAUCAUCUUUAUCAGACAGUCUGCCCGCAGUGCUCGUAAGCUGAGGUCAAAGCUGCAGCGCCACGGCCAGUCAGAGGAGCAGCUGCUGGCGUGUUCAAGGAGCGAGGAGCCCCUGCUGGACAAGCUGCCGUGUCUGUAUCACAGCGUGGCUUCAGACUCUUGGUGUGACCAGACCUCCUUGCUGACCAGCCUGCGGACCAUCAUCUGGGAAGAGCAGAAGAAGAUCGUCUGGGUGGAGCCUGACCUGUGGUGAACGGCAAAAUAGAAAAGAAAAAAAUCUUAGAAAAUGCAGAAGAUAAAAAAUAAGAAGAAGAAUUUUUAUUUUAAAAAGGGAUUUUUGGUCAACAUGAUAAAACAAUGUAAUAUAUUGAUAAUAGUAUAAACAAACUUUACAAUUAUUUUUGUAAACACAUGUAUGUAUCUAUGAUACUCUUGAGUGACUAGGUGAAUGAAGGAAUCUCAUAAUGUGUUAUUUUCUUUUUUAACAGUGUAUUCAUUCUUUACUUCACCCAGAAACAUUUUUGGCGUUGUGUGUUGCCUCCCUUUUGGAGGCAUUUGUUUAAAACAAAUACAGGUGUAAGGUCAAAUGUAUACUUGACAUGAGGACAUUUACUAUGAGUAUGUACUGUAUCUCUACAAUAUGUUGUAGAUCAAUUGCUCCCACUGUGAGGGAUUUCCUUUUAUUGCUGUGGAUGUGCCAUAACCAUUUCAUGUACUUAAUUAGAAUACAGAAUG